AUGGACAAGCUCGCCGAAAGGUCGUUGCCGCGGCCAGCAUUAGCGAUCAUGGAUCCAGAGAUCCUCUCCGGCAACUUUACCAUAAUCGAUCAACGAUUUGAAAGGCGCCCUGGGACCGAGCGAUGCAGGCUAAUCUUGGCAUUUGACCAUACAUACCUAACAAAGACACUUUGUCAGAUAUCCUUGUUCGGCAAGAAAGGCAUUGUUGGAGGUGCUUGGGCACCUGAGAAUCCACAGAACGCAUUCUUCUCCUUGGAGGAAGGGCGUGUCGACAUUAAGGCAAUUCCAAAGGCGUCAUCCAUGAUGGCUUGCGUUUGCUGGGACCCCUCGGCACCCAAGAAGGCUUGCCUCUCAGCAUGCGCUAUUCCUCUGGGCUCCUCAUUUGAAGGGCUUGAUGCCAAGUACAAGGGCAACUGGGCGAUGCUACACACUCUUGGCACUGUCUUGUCCCACUCCGAUCAGAUCAUCCGCGGCAUAGCUUUCGACGCCGCUACAACACAUCAGUUUAUCAGGAAGGUGCUGUGUGGUCAACUCCAAGACGUAGACUUGGAAGAGCUCCGAACUGUUCCCUUUUUCGGAGAACUGGAGUGGCAGGAGCUGCCAGAGAAUCCACUUCCGAGACUUCCAGUACGCAUUGCGAUGUACAGAGGCAAAGCAGUCUGGGCACUGCCUGGCCCGUGUCACGCCGGAAAAAAUUCCGGAGGGCAACUAGCAUCCUGCUUGCGAACUUCGUACUAUGGUUCUUUCUGGGCAGAUCAUACGGCUUGCAGAGAGAUGGGGCUGCCGCCACUUCCUUAUGCUAGGGGAAGCCCGAUGAGUGACCGCUUUCAAGCGAUCCGGUCGAAUCCGCAUUAUUUGGACUCAGACUAUGCCAGCAUGACGGUACCAUGGUCACUGAAGGGCUGUCUUUUGCAUCACCUUUGCGUGACACUCUGCCUAGCCCCCGCUUUCCACCGAGACAUUUCAUUGCAGGAGCGAGCUGAAGCAGCGCUUUCAGGUUUCCUGUGCCUGGAUAUGUUUCAAAUGCUUGCUAUGGACAAGUGCAAGCAAAUGUGCUUGCCUGCAGGCAGCACAUUCAUGGCCCCUGUCACGUGUGCCAACUUGCAAUACGUUGCUCUUUCCACAGUCGUGGUGUGCCUCACGAAGGACAUCGACUUUGAGCCUUGGCGGUAUGGCAACGCCAGAUUGACGGAAAUUGCGAUAGAGCAGGUGUUCGGGCAUCUCCGUUCGCAAAUGAGCAACAGUCAGUUGACAACACGGCAAUACUUUGCUGCAGAUGCAAGACAAUCCUUUCGUUCCAGCAAUACGCUGAACAGGAUCAAGUUGUCCAAUUCCAACAUGGGUGAGGAGAAGCUUACGCAUCAACAGUUUGAAACCUGCUGCAAGAAUGCACUUGCAGCAACAUUGUCACUGGUCUCCAAAGUCAGCGAUAUGAAGUCCAGCAUCCUGGAGGCCAUGUAUAGGAAGAGGUGUGAGCAGGAGAUCGAAGAUCCUGAAGAUGGAGACCCGCUAGAGGAAUUGGAGGAAGAGGAAGACGUCAAGCCGCACGCAAAGAGCAAGACAGAAUGCGAAGAGUUUCUUGAGCAUUUGCAGCAAGAUGCAGAGUGCAACAGGAUGUGGGCCUCUGAAGAUCCUGAUGCGUUCGCGGCUCAAGACCAAGAAGAUCCACUUGGCGUGGACGCAGAGACGAAGGAUUUGCCAGACGGUGAACUUCUCAAGCAUCUUUGCACUUUAGCCAACGUUGCAGAGGCCUUUGGCAUGGAAACGGCUGUCAGCCCAAAAAGUGGGGAAAGACGCGAGGGAAACCACCUGCCUUCAAGCCUGCUGGAAGCAGUGCAGAUGAAGGGUGACCUCUUCAACUCCCUAUUCAGACUGUUGGUGCGACUGCGGAGCGCCAAAGGAGGCAUGGACACUAU